AUGGCCUCCGCCGAGCAAAUCCGCCGCGCCAUGGAGGCGGAGGCGCCGCCGGACGACGUCGAGUACCGCGCGCCGCCGGUCGUCGACGUGGCUGACGACGAGAGCGAGGCGCCGGCCGGCGUCGCGCCGCGCGCGGACGCGGACGACGACGCGGAGGCGCCGCCCGUCGGCUGGGCGGAGGAGCGACUGCGAGCCGUCAUGGGCGCCGCCGUCGACGAGUGGCUCUCGAUCGCGGACUGGGACUACCAGCGGUGGAAGGAGUUCUACUCCUCCCGAACUAUAUUGCAUCAAAUCCCGCGCACGCCACUGCUGUUCGAGGUCUGCAUCGAGCUCGUCUGCUCGCCCGGGAACGACCAAAAAACCUUACAGAGGGGAGCUGCGGGGUUGUUCGCCCUCUACACCUUCUACAAGACGCAGACCGGUCGUCAACAAAAAGCUGUCAUGGAUAUUGAUCAAUUUGAGUGGUUCUUCGCGCUGCAGGACGCCGCGCGUGGCGCCCCCGGCCACCGGGGCGCCCACGACGUCCAGGUGAUCUUCAAGAUGUUGUUCGACGACCAAGGCGCGGACGUCGCGCUGCGCCGCCGCGCGCCGCAGAUGCCGCCGCCCGAGGAGGCGUGGCCCGGCGGCCUGGACCUGCGCGACGUCGCGGAGGCGAGUCGCAAUUACGACGCGGUGCGGCCGGGCGGUGCGGGCUCCCUCGUCGCCGACCUCAAGCGGCUCUGCGCGCGCUACAACGGCGCCGCGCCCGCCGCGGCGGUCAUUGAGGCGCCGGCGCCCGCUCCCGCGCCCGCGGCGGCGCCGGCGCCGCCCCCGGGCCGCUACGACCGUUUGAUGGCGCUCGACGACCUCGGCGAGGCCAGCGACGAGGACAUGGCACCGCCGCCGCCGCCACGACGGCCGCCGCCGCCGAUCCGCGCGCCGCCGCCCAAGCGCCACGCGCCGGCAGACGAGGCGCGCGUCGUCGCCGCCGUGCGGGCGGCCCUCAACGGCGGCGGCGACGCGACGGCCGCCGCGCGGGCGGUCCUCGAGGCGGCCCGGCCGCGACCGCCUCCGCCGACCGCCCCCGCCAACGGGCUCCAGCAGCUGCGGGACAUGAUGAACGAGUCCGACGACGACGCGGUCCUCGACGCGGCCCGGCCGCGCCCGCCUCCGCCGAUCGCCCCCGCCAACGGGCUCCAGCAGCUGCGGGACAUGAUGAACCAGCCGCGGCCUCCGAUGAUGGCACCACCUCCGCCGCAGUGCGCGCCGAUGCCCAUGGCCCCGCCGCAACCGACGUACGCGCCGGCACCGAUUGCGCCGCCUCGGAGAACGACCGGCCCCGACAAUGGGCUCCAGCAGCUGCGGGACCUGCUCGCCCGGUCCGACGACGACGACAGCGUGCCGGAGAUCCCGGGGACGACGAUCUGAGACAUGUGACGUAUGUACUAA